CUCUCUCUCUCCUUCCUCUUCAUCGCGCAGAGAGCAACGCUCACUCGCCGAGAAAAUGUUCGUCAAUCCUCUUCGUCUUCGUCAGUGAAAACCUCGCGCUCGCCCCCUCUUGUCGGCAGGGUUUUUCCGCAGACCUCCGAAGUCGACGGAAUCCGGCUCGACUCCGGCGAUCCUUCCAUGGCCGUCGACUCCAGGUCCUUGGCGUUUCCUUUCCUCCUCUUGGCUCUGAGUCUGCUAGCGGCUCGGUCCGAGUCAGCUCCGCAGGCCUUCCGGCGAGAUCCCGGUCACCCUCAGUGGCACCACGGCGCCUUCCAGGACGUCAGGGACGGCGUCCGGUCCGACGUUCGCCGGAUGCUUCACACUCGGGCCGAGGUGCCGUUUCAGGUCCCAUUGGAAGUGAAUGUAGUCCUUAUAGGUUUUGAUGGUGACGGAGGAUAUAGGUACAAAAUGGACGCUCACAAGUUUGAAGAGUUCCUGAGAGUUAGCUUUCCAUCACACAGGCCUUCGUGUUUGGAGACAGGAGAGCCUAUUGACAUCGAGCAUCACAUUGUGUACAAUGCAUAUCAUGCUGCACAACCUGAACUCAUUGCACUUGAGAAGGCCGUGAAAGAGGCGAUGAUUCCGUCUGGAACUGCAAGAGAGGGCGAUUUUGGGAAAGAGGUACCUUUGUUUGAGGUGGAAGCAACGGCUGCGGAACCUGUAUUUCAGAGGUUAUAUUCCUACAUAUUCGAUAUGGAGGACGGUGGAGUUUCUGCUUCAGAGAUGGAUAGACCUGUGCCGAAUGCAAUAUUCAUUGUUAACUUUGAUAAAGUCAGAAUGGAUCCCAGGAAUAAGGAAAUUGAUCUCGACACUUUGAUGUAUGGGAGAAUAGGCCAAUUGACUGAGGAAGACAUGAAGAAACAGGAAGGAGAUUACAUCUACCGCUACCGCUAUAAUGGCGGAGGGGCAUCUCAAGUUUGGCUUGGAUCUGGCAGAUUUGUCGUGAUCGAUCUCUCAGCUGGUCCUUGCACAUAUGGAAAGAUCGAAACAGAGGAGGGAAGUGUCAGCUUCAGAACUCUACCACGUUUACGAAACAUUAUGUUCCCCAAGGGUUUCAGUGCUGUGAAUGACCAUGCUUCCCACGAUGUGUUUGAUGGACAACUUGCAAGUCUUAUAGCAACAACAGUUGAGCACGUUAUAGCUCCAGACAUAAGGUUUGAAACUGUUGAUCUCACAACGAGGUUGCUUAUACCAAUCAUCGUUCUUCAGAAUCAUAAUCGGUUUAAUAUUAUUGAACAAGGCCACAAUUACAGCAUAGAUAUUGCGGAAAUCGAGGCCGAGGUAAAGAAGAUGGUUCAUGAUGGCCAAGAAAUAGUUAUUAUUGGGGGUUCACAUGCUUUACAUCGCCAUGAGAAGCUUGCCAUUGCCGUCUCUAAAGCAAUGCGAGGGCAUUCAUUGCAAGAGACAAAAAAGGAUGGACGUUUUCAUGUUCAUACUAAGACUUAUCUUGAUGGGGCUAUUCUCAAAGAAGAAAUGGAACGGUCCACUGAUGUGCUUGCUGCUGGUUUACUGGAAGUUGCGGAUCCAUCUCUUUCAAAUAAAUUUUUCCUCCGCCAGGACUGGAUGCGUGAAUCAGAUGAUUCAAGUGAUUCCAUACUUAAGCAUAAACCUCUUUGGGCCACUUAUGAAUCCAAGAUUGGAAAGGACAAGAAGAAGGGGGUGAAAAAGGAGAAGGGGGAUUUGCACCGAACAUAUGGGACCAGAGUGAUUCCUGUCUUUGUGCUAUCACUAGCUGAUGUGGAUGCAAAUCUUAUGAUGGAAGAUGAGAGUCUUGUGUGGACAGGCCGUGAUGUCGUGAUAGUACUUCAGCAUCCCAAUGAAAAGAUACCACUGAGUUAUGUUUCAGAAAUAGAGAGAAGGCAUGCUCUUCCUUAUCAGGUUCAGCGCCAUAUAUUAGCUGGGCUUGCAUCUGCUGUUGGUGGGCUUACGGCACCUUAUGAGAAGGCUUCUCAUGUACAUGAAAGAGCAGUUGUCAAUUGGCUCUGGGCGACUGGUUGCCAUCCAUUUGGCCCAUUCUCUAAUACUUCCAAAAUCAGUCAAAUGCUAAAAGAUGUUGCAUUGAGGAAUACAAUAUAUGCGCGUGUGGAUGCUGCACUUCACAAAAUUCGGGAUACAUCAGAGGUUGUACAAGGUUUUGCAUCAGACUAUUUGAAAACCCCGCUCGGUGAACCAGUCAAGGGGAAAAAGAACAAAUCAAGCACUGAGCUGUGGCUGGAAAAGUUCUACAAAAAGACUAGUAACUUGCCAGAGCCUUUCCCUCAUGAAUUAGUCGAAAGAUUGGAGAAGUACUUGGAUAGCCUUGAAGAACAGCUUGUAGAUCUAUCUUCGUUGUUGUAUGAUCACCGGUUACAAGAUGCACAUCUAAACAGUUCGGAUAUUCUUCAAAGCACUAUGUUCACAUUACAAUAUGUGGACCGGGUUUUGGCUGGCGAGCGCGAGAAAAUGAGAUGCUGCAACAUUGAGUACAAAUAUCCCAUGCAGUCUUCUCAAACUUAUAUUUAUGGUGGCAUUCUUGUUGCUGGAUUUAUUGUCUAUUUUGCGGUCAUAUUUUUCUCUAAUCCUGUGCGCUGAUUCAAGAGCGGGUUCAAAGAAGAAUUGCAUCCAGUCUUCUCAGGGUUUCUGUCAUCUUAAUUGGGAUGAAGCGCCUAUCGCCAAACAUUAGUUUGGAGCUGCUGCACUUUUACCGAUGUAACUUACCUAAAAAGCUCUCUUCGUUCACAUUUUUCUUUUCUGCUUUUAGAUUAGAUGGCCACACACAACACAGAAUACAUCUUUUUUGUUUCCCUGAUAUGGGACGGCGGUAGGUUAACAUAAUGUCUACGGUGGAAGACGAGAGCAUCUUGUCCUUUUGCGA